UUGAAACCAAGUAAAAGUAAUCGAUCUAAAGUUGUAAAAGAUGUUCCAAUCGCUAAUGAAGAACUAAUCAAAAAUGAAGAAUCAAUUGCAAAAAAAAGGUCGCCUGGAAAAUAAGCUUCGCGAAAAACUAUUCUGUCCUCCAUUUAUGGGCAGAUACGAAACCAAUCUAAAUACUUUCAAAUAUAAAACAGUAUGGCCAUGUAAAAUUUGUAUGAAAUUGUUAUUAAGUGAAACUGCCGCUAAAAACCAUGCAAAAAGUUGUAAACUAACUUUAACAAAAGAAGAAGAUGUCCCACUUGCAGAAUUGGCUAAAAUGGAAAAAAACAUGUGUUAUCCAUGCAUAUAUUGUAUAAAAAAAUGUCGAAGAAAAGUAAACUGGCUCAAGCAUUUGAAUGAACACGAAAAAACUAGAUUGUGAUGUAAAUAAAUGGUUUUAGUGCUUAAGGUCACAUUUUACAGAGGAAAAUAUAUUCAAUGUCAAGAAAGAAGAUUCUGGAAAGCAAAUUAGAUCUAAAAACUUAAUUGGUAGUUAGUGACAGUCAAAAGUAAA